AUGGCGUUCACAUGUGGUCUUCGGAUCAUUAUAGCUUUGGGAUUACUUCUGGAAACGCGCGCUGAAAAUUUGACACGAUGUUAUGGUGCACUCGGUUGCUUCAGCACCGGAGGCGCUUUUUCGGACCCUCGGGCCCUGCGGCAUCUUGUCAGUGUUCUCCCGUGGAGCCGAGAGAGAAUCCGGACCCAGAUCCUUCUCUACACCGAAACCAAUCGCGACAAGCCCGACCGCUUCCUUUGGAACACAGUGAGCCCGUCAACUCUGAGGAAGUCCAAGUUCAACAGCUCCAAAAAGCUGGUCAUCAUGGUUCACGGAUAUCUCCAAAUUGUUGACAUCGACAAGACCCAGCUGAUGAUCAAGGACACCUUCAUAGACUAUCUGGAUUCCAAUUUCAUUUUCGUUAGUUGGAGCAGAGGGAGCAUGACCGGUUAUUGGACGGCGGCGGCGAACACUCGCAUUGUCGGGGCAGAGAUUGCACUUCUCAUCGAGAAAAUUAUAGAAACUUUCAACUACCGAAAAUCAGAUAUUCAUCUUCUUGGUCACAGCCUGGGCGGCCACAUAAUCGGCUACGCCGGACGGAGAAUGCCGGGCCUCCGCAGACUGACUGCACUCGACCCGGCAGAUCCGUUCUUCCAAAACGGAGACCCCGAGAUUCGGAUUGACCCUUCAGACGGCGAUUUCGUGGAAGCCCUGCACACGGAUUCGAGAGUCUUCGUACCUGCCAUCCCCAUCGGCGGUUACGGUAUGUGGGACCCCGUGGGACAUGUGGAUGUGUACGUCAACGGGGGUGUUAAUCAGCCUGCAUGCCUGAGUUUGCAGCCGGCAAAAGUGGUACUUACUUCUACGAAUGAGAAGAACCCCUUCAUGUUGGCCAGAGAGCUGGUCGUAUGCCAUCAUAUGUAUGUGGUCAGGUUGGUCGCUGGAAUUUUCGUUCGCGACGGGAACUGCGCUCUGGUCUCGUAUCAAUGCGCCAACUUUACGGAUUUUCUCAACGGUCGCUGCACGGACUGUGGACCCGACACCGCGAAGUGUUUCGAGUUGGGGAAAGGCGGAGAAGCCUAUAGACGCUAUAGAGACGCCCAUGAUUGGCCUAGACGGUUUUUCAUUCUGACCCAUGUAGGGCCACCGUACUGCAUGCACCAUUACGAGAUACGUCUGCGACUUUCGAGAGAGACAGAUGUCACCGAAGCUCAGAUCGCCUUCGUCUUCGAAGAUGUCGACGGCAGCCUGAGCAUCAGAGCGAUGGUCCACGACGGGCACGUGCGGCUUGUGUCGCGGGAAGAAGCCCAAGCAUGGGUCGUGGGUGUCGUGUCCACAAUCAAGCCUCAAAUUAAGACAAUCCGGUUGAGUUGGAUAUCAUUAGACCGUAAUAAGAGAUUGAAGCUUGCGCCAACUUCACGCUUGACCGUUUACUACAUGAAUCGUAUCAUACCCACAAGGGACAAAAACAAAUACUUGGAGGACUUCUGUGGACCUGAGGGACUCCUGCCGGAUCGCGAAGAAAUAAUUUUCGCUAAAUGCUGA